AACGCUCAGACCCAAUGCCCCUACAUCGCGACUCUCAGCUGUGCCAGCAUUGAUUGCCAUCCACAUCUAUCUCUUCUACUGCAUCCGUAAUCACAAGUAUCUCAUCUAUUCACAUCUUACCAUUGACAACAUUUGUUACGACCUCAUUACCUUCCAUUUCCUCCGUCGUCGACCAUCUCCGAGAACAUUGCCUCAGUGUUGGUCUCCUAUUAGCCAAAGAUGUUACGAUAAGACCACUGCAGUACCGACUGCAUCCCGGGCAUAGUGCCGGUCGAAUCAGGUUCUAUUGUACACGAUUAAAUCUCGAACCGUGACGAUGAUGGUCCCUCGGGCUUUCGUUCCAGCUUCGAUAGGCCAGAGUCAAACGAUCGAUUUUGACGAGAAAGACGUUCUAUCGAGAAGGAGAUCUCCUACCAGAAAUUCCGGCUCAUCGACGCGGUCAGCCCUCUCACAAAGCCUCUUGCAGCAGACUUCAGAUUCAUAUACGCCCUCUUCAGAUCCUGUCAGGAUCCCAGCGCGUGUCGAACGACACGUCUCACCUCCACCCAGGCGACCUGCACCGUCCUCCCUCCAGCCGCACAGAGAUGAAAGUAGCCAUUCCACACCAGAGUUACCAAGGAGAAGGAAAGAGUCAGUGCAAGACGUUCUAUCCUCCACAACAAUACCCAUUCGGCGAAAGCCGAAGCAAAGAACAGCACAAAGAAUACCCAAUUGCGACUAUGUUGCCGAUUUCAGCAAACUCCUCCGGGAUGAUGUUCCCUCUAGCGGAGAGAACAGUUUGGCAGGAAGUUGGACAAAUCCACAAUUUGAAGGUCUCUUCGGGGCCAUUGAUGGUUUGCUGGAAGGACAAAUGAUAGUGGGGAGUGAAGGUCUUGAUGCUGGAAUUCUGUCUACAAGAUCUCUGUCAAGCGAAUCCAUGCCAUCUCUCGAAUCUCAGGACGACUCCAGCACCACCGAUCUGGCCAGCUUCUCUCCAGCGACACUUCGAUCACCGUCAGACCACAAACUACGGCAGAUGGCGAAUUCAGAGGAUGCCAGCAACGAACAUCCUCUUCUUAUCGUCGAGGACGACAAUGCCUUUGGCGGCACUACGACUCCGGACCUAGCCAUGUCUCCUCCGCCAAAACAAUCGCGAAGGGCGAUGCCCAAAAAACGCUCCAAGACUUUCAAGUCGAGUCUAACGGCAUCAUUGAAAGCUCUAAAAUCAGCGGCACAAACCGUCUCCAACAUCGCCAGUACUCCUCCCCUUGUUCAGCCCGACGAGUUUUUGUCAAAGUCAAUCUUUGACUUUCAACCUUCGUUGACCGACGACCGCCGUCCACCUCCGUCUGAUGAACCACCCUCCGUAGCUCUUCGGCGGUACCUCAAUCCCCACGCUUUCGUUGCGGCAGACUCUCCUGCACAGCUCCAUUUCUGGCUUGACGAAAAGCCUGAUCCGUCUAUAUUGCAAGCGGAAACAAAGCCUAAACUCAAGAUCAAAAGGAAAUACCGCAACCAGCACGUUGUUACCGCCGCUGCCCGCGAGAAAAGCAACCUUUCCGGUCCGAGGAGCGCAACUUCCCAACUUCCACCCGUCGUGCCCUUGGCCACAUGUAUUCCUUCGAGUGUUCGCACUGCUCACGCAUCUAGUCCACCGACCUGGCUAGAACCAGACGGCACACCUAGCAACAAACAUCGGGCGGCACAGUCUCUUCUCGAUGAUAUGGACGGUAGCACAGGUGAAGGUCAGCCUCGGCCACGUGAGCCUCGUGAGAACAGGGACUUUUUGCGCAUCUUUGUGUGUGAGAUGAAUAUGCGCAAGAGUGGAAAGUUGAGCGACGAUGCCACGGGACAUGCAAAGUUGUGGUUACCACCAGUCCACGAAGCCGAGAAAGAGCCUGAGCGACAAUCAAGACGCUCUAGCAAGGGGAAGGUCAAUUAUGUCAACUCGGACAGAUGGACGAGUUGGACCAUUGAUGAUUUGUGAUUGAGUUUUCCUCGUCACUUUUUUGUUUUGAUUGACAUGCUUUAUGAUUGUCUCGACACGUAUUUCCUUGCUGCGGUUCAAGGGUAUGUUGUCAUGGAGAAUUUCCAAAAUCCGUUCUUCAAGCGUUGUUUCAAGAGCGAGGGCGAUGAUAUGAUGACGAUGAUGAUCUUUUUCCAGCUUUUUGCUUUGUAUGGCGCUCUUGGAGCGUUCACUUCGACCACGUCGGGUCCUUUUACCAUCUUUGAGCCAUGUUCAUGUCGUCUCUACAGUUGGCAGUGUUUUCAUGGCAGCAGGCCGUUUGGGCAGGCUGAGAUGGAUGUGUAUAUUAUGGUACUCGUACAGGGGUACAUCAGAUUGUGCAGAGGACAGUAGAUGAUUCAGUGCAAACUACAACACGACCAUAUUGUUGAUAAACACCUAGAGUGACCUCAAAUGGCAAGGUGUUACGAUGUUAUCAUAAUCUGUGCUUGAGUACAGAACUUUUCCGAAUCCGAAUCCGAGGGUAUUGCUGUGGAAUGUGG